CCAACCUGGCCUUGAACAGCUCCAGGGAUGGGGCAUCCACAGCCUCUCUGGGCAGCCUGUUCCAGCACCUCACCACUCUUGUAGUAAAGAACUUCCCCCUGACAUCCAACCCCUAUGUAGCUGGUUGAAAGCUCUGUGUGGAUUUCAGGUUUAUAUGAUGUAGUUCGUGUCAGGACAGAUUUCUUCAUGCAUUCUUUGGAAUGAAGUUGCACAACUCCUGGAGACAACAGAAAAGCUUCUGAUGACUUGUCAGGAUUUCUGAGUUCAUCAUCUCAUGUUUCAAGUAGUCCACUGAAAUACAUAAGAAUAAGCAGGAGAAUGCAGGCAACUGCACAGAAUAAAAUUUUGUUUUUAUGUAUGUCCAGCCAAACAAAUUCUGAAAUCUGCAUAGUUCGUUCCAUUUAUUUUGCUUCCUUUAAGUCUCCUUCUUAAUAGCUUCUUUUAGCCAUAAACUCAUUAUCUAUGUAUUUGGCUAAAUACUGAUAAAUAAUAAUGUUAAAAGCUUUCAUUUAAAAACUGGGAAAUAGUGCAUUUUUCCCAUUAAAAAUGUAAUGAAAAGAUUGACAGGGCGAUAUUAUUGUUUGUUUUUCUGACUCAAGGACUUUCUAAUUCUCCUUUGAUGGUUGUGCUCUGAUCAUAGUGAUGCCUGGCUUGAGAACAAAAAGGGGAUUCUUAGUGACCCAGCGUUCAGAGUGCCAAAGCAUUACUUUCUGCUCAAGCAGAACAUUGUACAUAAUGCAUGGCUGCCAACUGAAUCUGAGGUCAUCUGUCAGCUUUAAAAAUAAUACAUAAUAUUGACUAUUUAAUAAUGCAGUGGGAAAAAACCAAUAAAUAUUGAUCAGCGCAGAUUUCUCACGAAUCCAGCCACUGGGCAUUUCUGGUCACUGUCUAAUGGCAUUAGUUAUAUGAAAACUAAGAGUAUGCAUGUCAUGCAUGUCAUUAAUGUGCACAGUGCACAUUAGAGCAAUGUUGCAUAUGGUGACUGUUCAUCAAGCUUGAAAGAUUAGUCACAGAGAGAUUAUCCAGCCUACAGCUAUCUAUAUGCUGUCUAAGCUGCAGCAGCUACUGGAGCAGCAGCAGGAAGCUUUGCACCACACUGGAACACACUCUUUCUUUCUUCUCUCUUUCAGCUCUCUUGUACUGCAGAGAUGUGUGACCAGACCUUUUUAGCGAUUGUAUUUGGUCCGUGUGACAAGUGCUCCAAUGAGAAGCCCCUUAGGGCUGUUUACAUCAAAUCAGAACAGCUCAGCUACUGCUCGCUAUGUGUGGAAAUGAUGGCAACCGAGGGGCUGCACGAGAACGAGACGUUGGCAUCGCUGAAGAACGAGGCGGAGAGCCUGAAGGGCAAGCUGGAGGAGGAGCGGGCCAAGCUGCACGACGUGGAGCUUCAUCAGGUGGCAGAACGUGUGGAGGCACUGGGCCAGUUUGUGAUGAAGACCAGGAGGACCCUGAAGGGCCAUGGAAAUAAAGUUCUCUGUAUGGACUGGUGCAAAGACAAAAGAAGAAUUGUGAGCUCCUCCCAGGAUGGGAAGGUGAUUGUGUGGGAUUCGUUCACUACCAACAAGGAACACGCUGUGACGAUGCCAUGUACCUGGGUGAUGGCAUGUGCAUAUGCCCCGUCUGGAUGUGCCAUUGCUUGUGGUGGCCUGGACAACAAGUGUUCUGUGUACCCUCUGACAUUUGACAAAAAUGAAAAUAUGGCUGCAAAGAAGAAAUCGGUUGCAAUGCACACAAACUACUUGUCUGCCUGCAGCUUCACUAACUCUGACAUGCAGAUCUUGACAGCAAGUGGAGAUGGGACCUGUGCUCUGUGGGAUGUUGAGAGCGGGCAGCUUCUGCAAAGCUUCCAUGGGCAUGGAGCUGAUGUCCUCUGCCUGGACCUGGCUCCUUCAGAAACUGGAAAUACAUUUGUCUCUGGGGGAUGUGACAAGAAAGCCAUGGUGUGGGACAUGCGGUCUGGUCAGUGCAUCCAAUCAUUUGAAACCCACGAUUCAGACAUCAACAGUGUCAGAUAUUACCCAAGCGGAGAUGCUUUUGCCUCUGGUUCAGACGAUGCCACGUGUCGUUUAUACGACCUUCGUGCAGACAGAGAAGUAGCAAUUUAUUCCAAGGAGAGCAUCAUUUUUGGAGCAUCCAGCGUGGAUUUCUCUCUCAGUGGUCGUCUGCUGUUUGCAGGUUAUAAUGAUUACACCAUAAAUGUCUGGGAUGUGCUGAAAGGGUCCCGUGUAUCUAUUCUGUUUGGACACGAGAACCGUGUCAGCACCCUGCGGGUCUCUCCCGACGGGACAGCGUUCUGCUCAGGGUCCUGGGACCACACUCUCCGAAUCUGGGCUUAACAUGAGAUCCUGUAUGCAAAAUCAAAUGAAGACCGAUGACCUGGACUGCAAAAACAGCAUGAACAAGGCUCCCUGAAAAUCAGAUAUUCACUGCUCUAAGAAGGAGUGACACUGAACCCACAGAUCAACACAACUAGGUAGAACAUAGUCCGCUCAAACACAUAGCAAACAUCAACUCAUGGUAAAAUGUAACGGUUUCGAUUCUGUUUUGAAAGUAUCUUAUUUUAUUAGAACUAGUUUAGUUAAUUAUAAAUGGACUUUGCUCUGAAGUCAUCUGUAUCAUAGAAAUGAGUACUUCAGUGCACAUUAUGUAUUUAUUUGCAUGAUUUGAGUUCCUUUUUAGAGCAAAAAAAAAGAUUCCUGAUUUUAUCAGGUUGUAGCAUAAGGUUUUGGAAACAUUCCCUAGUAGUGCAUUGAAUUUUGGUGUUGAAAAGUGGGAAGAAAAGCAACUCUGAUACUUUGUGAUGUCAUUAUGGCCGACUGAACCAUGGCAGUAAGCAGAGGCCCUGUUGGGAAGGUACUGGUCGUUGUCAUAAAAAUGUAUUUUUUGUACAGAAGAGAAUCCUUUAAAUCCCUGCUUUUUUCGUACUGUCUUUUUAGAUUGAAAUAAGUAUUUCAUCUCUGUUACCUGAAUAUAAAGAAUCUAAAUAUAUACAAAAUGGUAAAUGCAAAGAUGAGGAAUAUAAACAUGAUUUAUAUAAUCAUGAGGUAGUAUUUAACCAGUAGUUUCUUAGAAAUCUUUAAUUGUAUCACUUGGUGAGUGAAUUUUCUUUACUUAAAGGAUACUACAUGCUAAGCACUGAGGGAUACUACACGCUAAGCUCUAGCACCAUUACACUGAUGGUCAGGUCUUUUCCAAGUCAGUCACAGUUAUUCUAUGACCACGAUUCUUACUUGCAUUUUGAGCAGUUCACACCACUGUGGCAGGGUGAUGGAGCCUUAAAUGUGCAAUAAGGCAGUAUGCUCCUAUUUUGAGAUCCUUGUGUAACAUCAGAGCAGCACAAGUUCAUGCCAAUACGGGCCAAAUCUUAGAAGCUAAACUGUACAGCCCCUGCUCGAACAGCCCCUACUGGAGUGAGGCAGUGCAGUCAUAGCUGGGUGUGAGAAUGAACGGCAGUGAGCUGCACUGGCCUGCUGUGAGCCAAGUCCUGCCUGUUUGCUGCUGGCCUCACCCCAGUGCAAGCCACUGGAUCAAGAUGCUGCUUCAAGGAAGCACGAUAGCUGGCCAUGUUGCUCACGGUAUCUGGCUCUGCAUGGGUAUAGGGAUGUGGUACUAACUGGUGGGACUACCCCCAUGUGCAGCUGACGCUGUAGAAUUAAGAUUUAUUCACAUAAAGCUGAGAUAUAGUUGAGCAUGUAACUACUAAAAAAAUGUAUCUGCAUUCAUACGCUGAGAGCAGUUGAGACUACAGCGUGUCACCUUUGCUUAUAUGAAUGGGUGCUGAGUCCAACACAAGCAGGAGCACACAGGGAGAGAAGUGCUGGAGCACCGCUGAGCCUGGCACAGCCCGGCCUGCAAGGAGCAAGUGGUAAGAUGCAGAUCAAAGUAGGGUUUGUGUUUGGAUUGAAACAAGAUGAAACAAGCCAUCACUGGAGUUGGCUGUGCACAUAAGUUUGAUAAUAUCCUCACUCUGUUUAAAAAUGGGAUUUUAAAGAAAUAUAUAAAUUGUAAUAGAAAGAAAGCUUCCUCAUUCAUGAAAACAUUAGGUUCCAGUGAGUCCAUGACCAGUUAAACUAGGACACUGACACGUGUAUCAGCCUUCAGUCCCUAAUGAACUUUCAGUUGUUUCUGCUCGGAAAAGGCAACCCUGAUGCUUUGGAAUACUUGUGGCAAACAAUCCCUGUAACAAAUGCACUACGGAAAUUGUAAUGUCAUAUAGAGCUCACUGUGCAAUAUUGAGUCAAUACACUGUACACAUUUGAUCAAAAGAUAUUAAUGUUUAGAUAGUAUUUAUUGGUAAGAUAUUUGUUUCAAACAUACUGCAUUGUGUUGAUACUUAUGAAUGGCCUAAAUACAAUAAAUUGUAUUUUACAUAUUGA